AUGAGGGCCUUCAUGCCUGACGCGGAACCCCCCACGAAAAGACAGCGUACCCUGGACGAAUCCAGCGCCGAGACCACUUAUCAAAAGGGCUAUGCGCCGGUGAAAGCCGAGUUCAUUGUCCAGGACAAACCGCAAGCGUCGUACGACGAUGACGCCGCAGAAAAGGGCGGGCAUCACGAAACGGCAAAGCCGCAAAAGGGCAAGAAACAGCGGGGGCAGAACAAAAACCGUGACUUCAAGCAAAGCCACCAUGAAGCCCGUCUCUGUCUGACCAAGAUCGACCCCGAUAACCUCCAGGAAUGCUCGUUUGGCGAUAAGUGCAAGAACAUCCACGAUAUCGAUCUCUACUUGAAGGAGAAGCUCCCCGAUAUCGAUGGGGUGUGUCCCGUGUUCAAAGCGCUUGGAUACUGUCCCCUGGGGCUUAAGUGUCGCUGGCUCGGCUCUCAUUACAAGGACGGCCACUUAGUCAAGUCAGACACCAUCAACGAGCCUGGAGAAAUCAAUAAGAUCGCUAACGACCACAAGUUCGCCAUGCAAAAGAAGAAGUACGAGUGGGGGAUUUCUGAUGACGUCACCAAGUGGAUGGACUCCAUCAUCAAUAACGACGAGAAUCGCGAAAAGCGCAAGGAAAACCAGGCGACGUUCGUCGAGCAGCCGCCACGGCCCGCGGAAAAGAAGCGCAUCCAUUUGAAGGGCGCUAAAAUUGUGCUGCCGCUUACCACCGUGGGUAACUUACCCUAUCGUCGGCUCAUGAAGCUGAUGGGCGCCGACGUUACUUACUGUGAGAUGGCGUUGCUGGUGCCGUUGGUGCUGGGCCACAACCCCGAGUGGGCGUUGCCCAAAGCCCACAAGCUGGAAUACCCCGGGUUUGGCGUCCAGAUCGCGGCGGCAAAGCACUGGUCAGCGGCGAAAGCGGCGGAAGCCAUCUAUCGGGAAACUCUGCACGUGAGCGAGCUCAACUUGAACUGUGGCUGUCCCAUCGACUUACUUUACAAGCAGGGCCAAGGGUCGGCGUUGAUGGACCAGCCGGCGCGCCUCUGCCGCCUUCUCAAGGCGAUGAACAUGUCGCUGGGCGAUAUUCCCGUCACCGUCAAGAUCCGCACCGGUACCAAAGACGGCAAAAACACCGCUAAGCAGUUGGUGGAGCGGGUAUUGGGAGAGAAUGACGUCGCUGCCAUCACCUUGCACGGGCGUCUGCGCCAACAGCGCUACACUCGUGACGCUGACUGGGACUAUAUCGCCGAGGUCGGGCGCACCGUCCAGGAGUGGAACGUGCGCAAGCAAGAAGACAAAGACCGCUGCGACCUCCCCGACACCUUCUUCAUCGGUAAUGGCGAUAUCUUCAACCACGAGGACUGGUACCGCGAGACGCUGAAGGAAGGGAUCGACUCGGUGAUGGUGGCGCGCGGCGCCUUGAUCAAGCCGUGGAUCUUUGAGGAAGUUGCCGCGGGGCAGUACUUGGACAAGCUGGCGCUGGAGCGGUUGGCGAUGUUGAAGACGUACGCCGACUACGCCAUCGAGCACUGGGGGCUGGACGAGCCCGGGGUGGCGCAGGCGCGGCGGUUUAUGUGUGAGUUCAUGUCGUUCACCCACCGCUACGUCCCCGUGGGGAUCUUGGAGCGCGCCGACAUCAAGAUCAACGACCGCCCGCCGAUGUGGAAGGGGCGCAAUGAGUUGGAGACGCUUUUGGGGCUGGGCGACUACCGCGACUGGAUCAAGGUGACGGAGAUGUUUUUGGGGCCUGCUAAGGACUUUUCUUUCACCCCGAAGCACAAGCUGAGCGCUUACCCGGCGGAGAAGUCCCUGUAA